AGGCCUCCUGUCUCCAUCUUUCAGGCAAGGGCCCUGGGAUCAGCUCAGCACCACCUUGUGCCCCUGGGUUCUCCUCUCUGGAGUCCCUCCCUCUAUCCCUUGCCUAGCUGGGAGCUGGGGGCGGGGCCGCCAGCUGUCUUUGGAGCCCUGCCCCCAACUCCCAUCCAAUCACAGUCCCUUCUUUCGGGGGCUGGGCCGAAGGGCUGUACUCCAAGCUGCUAGCUCUGGCACUAGGCUCCCAGCUGGGGAUGAUGCGCUGUUGCUGCUGCCGCUGCUGCCCCUAUCGCCACUGCCAGCAACCGCCCCGUGCCCUGGGGCUGUUGCUGUUGCUGCUGCUGCCGUCCUUUGUCCUUGUAUCUCCCCUGGCAGCAGCCACUGUAGGCCCAGGCCGCUGUGACACCAUAUACCAGGGCUUUGCCGAAUGUCUCAUCCGCUUGGGGGACGGCAUGGGCCACGGAGGCGAGCUAGAGACCGUCUGCAGGUCUUGGAAUGACUUCCACACCUGUGCCUCUCGAGUCCUGUUGGGCUGCCCAGAAGAAGCAGCCGCUGUGUGGGAGUCACUACAGCAAGAAGCUCGCCGGGCCCCGCACCCAGAUAACUUGCACACCCUGUGUGGCACCCCUGUGCGUGUUCAGGAGCGAGGCGCCGGCCCCGAGACCAACCAGGAGACGCUGCGGGCAGCUGCACCCGCACUCACCCCGGCCCCCUCGCCGGUGCUGCUGACUGCUGCUCUGGCGCUCGCCUGCCUCCUGGGACCCCUGGCCUAGCCAGUCCAGUCUGGUCAGGUAGCAGCGCCCUUGCCCCCAGCCCUGCUCUAGUGGCUGCAGUUGGGGCUCUGCAGAGUGUGCUUGGCUUUCA